UCUCUCUUGUCUCUCCCUUUCAUUUCAUCACUCACGAAAUCCAGCGAUCAAGGUUUCCCCAAACUCCCUUCCAAUCCUCGUCUCAACAAUUUUUGUUUAAAGCCUAGUAAAAUGGCGUCCACAUUUAGCGGUGAUGAAACGGCUCCUUUCUUCGGCUUCCUCGGAGCCGCUGCUGCCCUCGUUUUCUCCUGUAUGGGUGCUGCGUACGGGACGGCGAAGAGCGGUGUCGGGGUGGCGUCGAUGGGAGUGAUGAGGCCGGAGUUGGUGAUGAAAUCGAUCGUGCCCGUUGUUAUGGCCGGAGUUUUAGGUAUUUAUGGGUUGAUUAUUGCGGUUAUUAUCAGCACUGGGAUUAACCCAAAGGCCAAAUCUUACUACCUUUUCGAUGGCUAUGCUCAUCUUUCCUCUGGUCUCGCUUGUGGCCUCGCCGGUCUCUCUGCCGGUAUGGCUAUUGGAAUCGUUGGCGAUGCUGGAGUUAGAGCCAAUGCCCAACAACCAAAGCUUUUUGUUGGAAUGAUUCUUAUUCUCAUUUUUGCUGAGGCUUUGGCUCUCUAUGGACUCAUUGUCGGUAUCAUCCUCUCUUCCCGGGCUGGUCAAUCCCGGGCAGAAUAGAGUGCAAAGUUCCGAGACUUGGGUCAUUGCUAGUAGGCUUCACUUGGUUGUUUCGUCUCCAAUUCUUGCCGCUGGAGCAGUAUGAAACAUUUGUCAAGUUGUUCUUUCGAUCUCAUUCAUGAAUUUUCUUUUCAAUGGUUCUCUGCUGUUUGUAUGAUUAGAAGACGGAUUCCGUUUGAAAUAAAAUCUUGUUUUACAUUA